AAAACCCUCAACUCCAGGACCAACUACACCAAAACCCUCAACUCCAGGACCAACUACACCUGGGCCAUCAACACCAAAACCCUCAACUCCUGGGCCAACUACACCAAAACCUUCAACUCCUGGACCAACUACUCCUGGGCCAUCAACACCAAAACCCUCAACUCCUGGGCCAUCAACACCAAAACCUUCAACUCCUGGACCAACUACACCUGGGCCAUCAACACCAAAACCUUCAACUCCUGGACCAACUACACCUGGGCCAUCAACACCAAAACCCUCAACUCCUGGGCCAUCAACACCAAAACCUUCAACUCCAGGACCAACUACGCCUGGGCCAUCAACACCAAAACCUUCAACUCCUGGACCAACUACACCUGGGCCAUCAACACCAAAACCUACAACCACCAAACCACCAGGUGAGAUUAACAGCCAAUCAGAUGAUUUCAUUCUCACAAUCAGAAUCAGACACCACUUUCUGUAUUCUCACAAAUCGAUUAAUACUGUCCUAAUGUUAACCACUUGUCUGCCUUCCAUCCCACCACACUCUCCCUCUUCUUCCUCUCUCUCCAUUCCACUACCCCUCCUUUUCCUCUUCCUCUCUCCUUUGCCCCCCCCCCCCCCAUCCUCCUCUCCCUCUCUUCUCCACAUAGUGAAGUGCCCUCCCAAUGCUGAGUACAUAGAGUGUGGCCCAGCAUGCAUCCCCAGCUGUAAGGAACCCUCUACUAACUGCACUGGCUCCUGUAUCAGCGCGUGUUUCUGUAAGCCAGGCUUUGUGUUCAAAGGCAGUCGCUGCGUCCCCAUCGAAAAGUGUGGUUGUCUGGAGGGAGGUGACUACUAUGAGGUAUGAGACGAUCUGGGAUUUUUAGUCUGUGGUUAAAGAUGUUCGAUAUGAUUUAACACGACACAGUAGUAUAUACGAUAUAAUAUGAUUUGAUUGUCUUGAUGGGGAUAACAACUACUAUGAGGUAUGAGACGAUCUGUAAUAGUCAAGAUGUGGUCCAUGACGUCCAAUUUGGGAAACACUGUGAUAUACGAUAUUAUUUACUAUACAGUAUACGAUGCGAUAUGCAAUGCGAUAUUUGAAACAAUGCAAUACAAUACAAUACUUGUAUUGUCCAGAAUGUCUACUGACAUGGAAAUUGAUGUUGCUCAAGUCAGCACAUCACAAAUAUACACUACCAGUCAAAAGUUUGGACACACCUACUCAUUGAAGGGUUUUUCUUUAUUUUUGUAAUUUUUUACAUAGUAAAAUAAUAAUGAAGACAUCAAAACUAUGAAAUAACACAUAUGGAAUCAUGUAGUAACCAAAAUAUAUAUUUUGAUUUGUUGAACACUUUUUUGGUUACUACAUGAUUCCAUAUGUGUUAUUUCAUAGUUUUGAUGUCUUCACUAUUAUUCUACAAUUUUUGACUGGCACUGUACAUUAAAAAGGAUCAACAAUGCAAGGAACACAAAACAAUUCACAAAUAAACAAUGUUUAUUGUCAAACAACAUGUCUUUCCCUGUCUCUGUUGUUGUAGCCAGGAGAGAUCAUCUUUGGUGACGGCUGCUCCAAGCUGUGUCGUUGUGCUGGUAACUACACCCUGGACUGUGUGGACAACGCCUGCUCUCCCACGGAGGAGUGUCGCAACGGAGCAUGCUAUCCUAAAGGUGCGGUUUAGAUGAGUUAUCACAACUUGUAGAAUGUUCCUUGAAAUGUUCUUAGAAUCAAUAAUAGUGAUAAGGAUAGUCCUUGGGAAACCCUUGGGUAUUGUGCCUAGUUUGAUUCCUAGCUAUGCAACAAAGAGCAUAUAUGAUGUAUGUAUUAUAUAGGGCUAAGUACAAACCCUAUUUCCAUUAUAUCAGGCAAUACCGGUUGAAAAUUCUAACCCAAUGCAUCAAGGAAGACAUUUGAACAUUAGCUAUGUUUCCAUUAACGUGUCCAUAGAUUUUUUUUUUUGUCGACAUUUAGAACGUUUGCAUAGAACUUAGAUUCGACAAUUGCCUGCCACGGUGUAUUUCCAGUGAACUGUCUAAAAAACACUUUUUUGCAAAAACCUAGAAUGUCGACAAAAAAUGAUGUGGUUGAAGUGUUACCGUUAUCCUAUUAGGCAAAUUGCGCAUUAAUAAAGUCGCGAUAGCCUAAAUGCCCUGCCCACCUAUCUUUCAAAAGCCAGCAUGAAUAGAAUGCAAGAAUUUACUAAUAUUUGCCUACUUAUCACCACUGUAACUUGCACUCAGGUAGGCCUAGAUCUGAAACACUUUCAUGGUGAAACUUCAAAUUGCAAUGUGAAGCAAUUCAGGCAUUCUUGAAAGUCAAGACAAUCCUUGUCCUGCAAAGAAACAUCAUUUUUUAUAGUUGAGUAAAUGGAUUUUGCAAGCAGUAGGCAUUUAUAAUUAAAUGUGGAGUGGAGCUUUAUAGUUACAUGAUGACAUCACAGGCCCCCUGUAGGCCUACCUUAACAAUGAUUCAGCAAUUUAUUCUAAAAACACAGUUUCCAUCACCAUUUGUCGCAAUAAAGAAAGUUAGACAAAAUAAAAAUCCACCCCUAUCGAACGGAUAAACAUUUAUUAGAUCUUUAGAAAAUGCCUACUACUGCUGUUUACAUUACACGUCACAAAUAUUUUUUUGGUGACAUUGCUUUUGUCGAAAAAACCUAGCUCAAUGGAAACCUGCCUACUGACAUUGAGUCUGUAUUCUAAGGCUGCGUUUACAAAGGCAGCCCUAUUCUGAUCUUUUGCCCAGUUAUGGGAAAAGGAUCUGAUCAGAUUGGUCAAAAGACCAAUUAGUGGCAAAAUAUCAGAAUUGGGCUGCCUGUGUAAACACAACCGAACUGUCCACCGGCCAAUUACUAAUUCCUCUUACAACUUUAUAUCACUGUUCCCCUACAGGCACCUCUAUCAAUCAAUAGUAUGAUAUUACCAAUCUUAUCCACCAGUUUUAGAUUGAUUACUUGAUUAAUUAAUUAAUUAAUUGUUCCCUCCAGGCACUUCUACCUGUAUAGCGUCUGGUGACCCUCACUACACCACUUUCGACAAGAAAUACUACAACUUCAUGGGGAACUGCAGCUACCUGAUGUCUAAACCUUGUAACGACACGUCGGUGCCUUACUACGAGGUGCACACGGACAACGAGAACCGCUAUAACCUGCUAACCAUCUCCUACCUGAAGGCUGUGCACGUGUACGUGCGCGGGGUGAAGAUCUCCAUGCUCAAGGGAGGCACCGUGCAGGUGAGAGAGACAGGGAUGGAGAGAUGGAGGGGCAGAGAAAGAGAGAGGGAGAUGAGGGGUAUGAUGGGACGGAAGGAUGACAUUUGAAACUUUUUAUACAUAUUAUAGCAAUGGAAAAAAUUACUGAUAAAAUACAAAUCCCUGCAUAUGUACAGACUAAUUAACACCAAUGAUUGGUGUAUGUUCAAUAUAAAGUGACUACACAGGAUCAAAAGUACAUAUUUUUUACCCAUGCCUUUAGCCUUCAAUAUAAAGUAACAUACACAGUAAAGAAACGUUUGUCUUUCAAUUCAAUAAAUAUUUGUCACCGGAAGGCAAUUCCUGUGCAGCAUUCAAUACAUCAAAAAUACAGACACAGAACAGCAUAUAAAUUAUCAGAAAAGGAAGGCCCAUCACUAACUCAUAUCUGUGUUCUCCUCCUCUUCUCCAUGUAGUUGAAUGGUAUCAAUGUGAACAUCCCUCUGACCCCAGCUACAGGAGUGUCUGUGCAGAUGUCUGGUAAACACUACACCGUUGCCAUGGACUUUGGUGUGACUGUACGAUACGACGGAAACCACUACAUGGAUAUCAAAGUCAUCAACGAGUGAGUCAAAACUGCUUCACACACCACAGAAACCAUACAGACGCACAGAGCUCAAAAGGGGGUUUAUGUAGAUAGGUUUCCCUCCUACAGUUUUGGUGACCCCAACAUGAUAUGCCCUAAAAAUAACUAUAAAAAUACCACACAAAAAAAUACCAAAACGAAUAGAAGCCUCUCACAUUGUAAUAUAUUUAUGAUAUAAUUCUGUUGUGAUUGAAAAUGCUUGAGAAAAUGAUUAACUCAUAAACUUCUUUGCUCUUCUGUAUUCAGCUAUAAGGACAAGCUGUGUGGACUGUGUGGAGACUACAAUGGGAACUCCAACAAUGACUUCAGGAAACCUGAUGGUUCUCUGACCACCAACCCCAAUGACUUUGGACACAGCUGGGUCACCGAUCCUAAGUGAGUCAUGACACCAGUUACACAUGCGCACGCAGGCUCUCACACACACAAAGACAUACACACAAGCGCAAAGGCAGACACACACACACACACGACUGAUUCACUCUGUCUCUCCCUCAAGUUGUAACAAGCAGCCCAACACCACCAUACCUGGUUGUACUGAUGAUGAGCAGGACAGGUACGAGAGCUCAGGAUACUGCGGCAUGCUACUGGACAAGAACGGACCUUUUGCUGUCUGUCAUCCCAAGGUCAACCCCAAUGUGAGUAAUUACCUUAUUGUAUCAUUAUGAAUCUGCGCUCUAGAUAAAGAUACAAUAUGUAAUUCAGGGAUAUCUAGCUAUGUGGAAAACGAAGAAACAUAAGUGUGACAACGCAAGACUACAGUACUCUAAUUAAAGUCCUUGAACUUUGUCUGAAAUGUGUGUAUGUUUUUGUGUGUGUCUCAGAGCGUCUUCAAGGACUGUCUGUUUGACCUGUGUGAGCUGGACGGUGCCAAGCCCAUCCUGUGUGAAGCCAUUGAGUCGUAUGUAAAUGAGUGUCAGGACCGAGGAGUCACCAUUGGACCAUGGAGGAACAGCACCUUCUGCCGUGAGUAGAGAUCAGGGUUGGAGUCAAUUCCAUUUCAAUUCCAGUCAAUUUAGAAAGUAAAGCAAAUUUCAAUUCCGGAUGUUCCUCACUGAAAACAUUGAAGAGAUUUGGAAUUAGAAUUUGAGUGAACUUCCUGAAUUGACUGAAAUUGAAAUGGAAUGGACCCCAACCCUACACAAUGAUAACGAGGAAGAAGAGGAGGAUAUUUAUGAUGAAGAUGAAAAUUAUAGUGAUCAAUAUGAUAAUAAUAAUGAUUCAUUCACUCACCAAACACACUGUUGAUAUUAACACAUCAAAGACCAAACAAUAUACUCCAACAGUUCUGUUCCGUAUAAUCAACAAAGUAAUUACCGAGAGAAAGUCAUGUUUUAAAGAAGACCGAUCUCCUAAUGUCUUCUCCCUCCUUCUCUCAGCUCUGAAAUGCCCCCCCAACAGUCACUACAUACCAUGUGCCGCCCCAUGCCAGCCCACCUGUUUCGCCAAGUCCCCCACGGGGUGUGACGGACCCUGUUCAGAGGGGUGUGUGUGCGACCCUGGGUACAUCCUCAGCGCCGGGAAGUGUGUCAAAGAGAGCUCCUGUGGCUGCAACCAGACUAACGGAGAGUACUACGAGGUAAGAGUGUGUGUCUCAGAGUCAUCAAUGCCAUUGUCUGAGUUGGAGGUUUUUCAAACAUAUUAUACUGAACGGCGGCAGUGCAACGCCCCUUGCAGGCCUCGAACCCAGGACUCCCAGAGCAUAAUAAACUUGCUCCGAUAGGAUUAACCCACUUCGGGAAGAUCAUAAUCCCCCCCCCCCCCCCUUCCUCCUCCCUCCAGCCUGGUGAUGAGUGGUACGUGGAUAACUGUAAGCUGAAGUGUUUCUGUAAUGCUCCCUUCAUCACCUGUAAGCCCUCUGACUGCCCUCCCAUGCACGAGUGUAAGGUGCAGGGAGGAGAGCUGGACUGCUACCCUACAGGUAAAUCCCUUUAAAUAAACAGUCUGAACACGCACACAAACACACACUCAAAAUGGUGUCUUGAUGUCUGAAGUCUUGUAAGUCAGGCAACGACCAUAUGAGUUAGCAAGACAACACAAAGAGAUCUGGAAGCAGGCUUUUAUAUCUGAUGAUGUCUCCCUCUGUUCCGUUUACACCAGGUUCUCAGGACUGUGUGAUCUCUGGAGACCCCCACUACAACACAUUUGAUGAUAAGUUCUACAGCUUCAUGGGAACCUGCACCUACACCCUGGCCAGGGCCUGCAAGAACAACACUGGUAAACACAUGAGGAUGAUAUUCUGUAGUUCUAACUCUGGGUUCUAGGUUCUGUAGUUCUAGCUCUGUCUUAUCAGUUCUAGAUUCUGUAGUUCUAACGCUGUGUUCUAGGUUCCGGGGUUCGAACUCUGGGUUCUAACUGUGUUCUGCUGUGUUCUCAGGUCCAUGGUUCUCCGUGGAGGGUAAGAACGAGGAGCGUGGUCUGGCUGGAGUGUCGUACCUGAAGAAGCUCUAUGUAACUGUCGACGGAAUCACCGUCACACUGAUGAAGAGCAGGAGGACUCUGGUACAUGUUAAUACAUCAAUCAAUCAGUCACAUUUAUAAAACCCGUUUUACAUCAGAAGUUGUCACGGUGCUUUUGAAGUAACGAGGCCUAGGCCCCAAAACGCAAGAGCAAAGCAGAAGCACAUUGGCUAGGAAAAACACCCCCGAAGGAAGAAAUACAUUUGCUAUUAAACAGUAAUUAACAUAGACCUACAACACUAACACAGUUAUUAACAUGUAAUAACGCUUUCCCAUACACGUUUUUAUCAUUCACAUUCCACGUCACAGAUGUGGUGGUAUCACUCAAUUAUCUCUCUCUUUCUCACUCCAUAUAUCCCUUAAUUGAAGGAUUAGUGAAAUUACAUCAUGACAAUACACCCAAAGCCUUCCUUUCCUUUUUUAAUAAACAUUUAAUCUCUCUUUCUCAUUCUCUCUAUCUUUGUCAGUUUUUUAUCUUUUAAUCUCAUUCCCCCUCCGUCAUCGUCUAUUUGACCAGUAAUCCUUCAAAUCUGUCAUUCAAUUGCACCUCCUCUUCUCUCUCACUACUUCUUCCUCCUUUUUUGUCUAUUUUUCUCUGGAUCAGCGGAGACUUUCCUUGAAUUAAUCUCUCUUUCUGCCUCCACAGGUGAACGGAAAGCGUGUGUCCCUCCCUCACUACCCCUCUCCACUAAUCUCUCUAUCGCUAGCGGGUCAGUACAUCACCCUGCAGACACCGUUCGGCCUCAAGGUGCGCUGGGACGGAAACCACUAUGCCCAGAUCUCAGUGCCCAGGUGUGUACUACGGACACAGGAAGUAGAUCCCUAGCAACUUCCCUUUUCCUCUUAAGGCUCAAAUUACACCCUAUGUAUGUUGUGCUAGUCAUGCAGAUAAUUGAUCAAUAUUUAUACAGAAUUUAGAACCAUUUCUGUUCCAAACAUUCCACAUCUUUCAACCUUUAGAGUUUCAACCCAGUAUCAGUCCACUGUAAAUAGAUCUUGUAAAUCAACCAACACCUUCAGGAUUUUUUCUAAUUCCCUCUCCAUGAGUUCUGUAGUAGGAUCUCGAGUAAUCCAUUGUUUGUGUGUCUUGGUAUCUGUAGUAAUCUUUUGGUAAUAAUCUCGUAAUGGUAAUAAUCUAUUGGGGGAUUGGAAGUGAUGCAGACAAUUACAUGGAUGGAAGUUACAAUCUAUCUGCAAUAUUAAAGCUGAUCUACUACCCCCCCCCAAAAAAAAUCAAAAUAAUAAUAAUAAUAAUCUAUUGGUUGUUGUGUAUAUCGGUAUCUAAUCUAUUGUGCUAUGUGUCUUGUAUUUUGAUUUUUUUUAGUAUGAUCUCUCUAUUAAUCCACUGGUUGUAUAUCUUUGUAUCUUGACCUUUGAACUAAUCUACUGUGUUGUGUGUCUUGGUCUUUCCAUCAGCUCCUACUCUGACCAGAUGUGUGGUCUGUGCGGCGACUACGAUGGGAACCCUAACAACGACUUCACCAAGCCGGAUGGAUCCCAGGUCACCAGCUCCAAGGACUUUGGAAACAGCUGGCAGACCGAGGACGAUGAGGAUGCCACGUGAGUGGGAAUUAUGUGGGAAUACUGACUGAUGAAGUCAGGAAUAUUUCUGCCCAGUAAUGUAUGUAGUAGAAAGUAGGUACACACUUUAGGAAGUAGUUUAGUGAGUGUGUACUUUAUCCUAUAUGCACGUAUUAGUAGUAAUAACUGUAUUGUGCACUAUAUUGGUAUUAUAUUUACUAUUUUAAAUAGUUUAUUAAAAUUGUGUGUUUCCGUAGAUGCAAACCCGACACCAACCCAGACCCUGUCUGUGAUCCAUCACUGGAGGCAGAAGUGUCCAAACCAGUGAACUGUGGGAAAUUAACCGAUACCAAAGGACCUUUCAGGUGAGCAACAGAGUCACAUGGACACUGACAUACAGAAACAACAACAUAUCCCUACUGUGCAUGAUGAUCCAUACAAUAUGUAUCAUAUAGACAUAAACACCCAGUUUAACACACCAUACACACACAUGAAAACAUACACUAAUCCAUACGUACAUGGGCACCUCCAAACUCACAUGCUAUGACCCCUGAUUCUUACAAACAUGGAUCUCUGGUCUAUUGUAAUAUCUGUUUACAAUAAUCCAUUACUUUAAUCCAGAUAUAGCAUGGUAAACACAUGUUGGGCUGGCAAUCUUACUCCUAUACAUUCCACACUGCUAAGAAUAUCUAAGAUUGUCUUAUACAUACCAAGCCUACUAUAGUUCACAUGCCCUGACACGAUUCUGGUCAUAACUCUUAACUCCCUCCAUUUGUUCAAAACAAACAAAGUGAUUUAUGGAUUUGUGUAUUUGUAUUUACUUUCCUCUCUCUCUCUUUCACCCUCCCCUCCCUUUCUUUCUUUCUUUCUUUCAUAAUGUUUCUUUCUUUCUCUAAUUCUUAACCCCCCCUCUUCCUCACACAUUUCAUUCACCCCGCCCUCUCUCUCUCUCUCUCUCUCUCUCUCUCUCUCUCUCUCUCUCUCUCUCUCUCUCUCUCUCUCUCUCUCUCACUCACCCUCCUCCCCCCCCCCCCCAAUCAGAGAGUGCAUUGCGUUGGUGGACCCCACUCCGUUCUUCCAGAGCUGUGUGUAUGACAUGUGUCGCUUCGUGGGCCAGCAGCAGAUGCUGUGUGACCAGCUACAGGCCUACACUGACGCCUGCCUGGGUGCAGGGGCCAUGGUUCACCCCUGGAGGAAGCCAGACUUCUGCCGUGAGUCUCAUAUAUAGACACACUCAGUCAGGCCCUCGAAGAUUGGACAAAUACUUGAUUUGAAAACAUUUGGCAGGUCGCAAUUAUGUGUCAGCUUGAGCAAAAGUUGAAAGGAGAAGCAAAUGUAGAUAUCUCAGGCUGCCACUCCAAAGUCACACGUUAACACAGUUACAGAGAAAAUGUUGUUGUCUGUCGAUGUCAAUAGUACAGUCAUUCCUUCAAUGUUGUAGCAAACUUAAAGGGGCAAUCUGUAGUUGCUACAUUCAUUUGUGGACUUGAGUGAUAUGUACCCAUUGAUUCUUGAAGAAUAUAACUUGAGCUUAGUUCAACUGUCGUACUCCAUCAGAACCCAAACUAUAAGCUUGUUUUACUCCAGUGUUUGUAAACAAAGUAAAUGUAAACAAACACUAUAUAGCCUCAAAACAUGGUUUAAACUAUACUUUUAAUAUCAUGGAUGGUCAGUCCUUGCAUCCAUAGCUCUUGAGAGUAGUUACAUUUCUCCAGCCCCAUCCCUCAGCUUUUUAUAGAAGCAUGGGCGGGAAGGUGGCUUUAUUGUUUCAACUGCUGACUGCCCCUUUAACCCAGAUUUGUAACAAUAUGUUUGUGAUUUAUGAAGAUCUUCCUGUAACUUCCUGUUCCUGUUUCUGCCCUCCCCUUUCUUUUCACCCUUCCUCCGUAGCCCUGGCCUGUCCCCCUAACAGUUCCUACUCCAUGUGUGUGAGCUCUUGUCCCGAGACCUGCCUGGGUGUCAGCGGCCCCCCUGGCUGUUCAGAGGUGUGUGUGGAGGGGUGCGAUUGUAACCCCGGCUUCAUCCUCAGUGACGACAAGUGUGUUCCUGUUAAAGACUGUGGCUGUGUCGACUCCUCCGGAGACUACCACCCUGUGAGUAUGACUCUGUCUUUCACUUUGAAAAUUUAAGUGUGUUAUAUAAAGCAUCAAGGUUUGGUAAAGGGUACAUUAGGAUACAGUAUAAAUGCAAUACAUUGCUAAGUCAUCCGAAUAUAAAUGAAAAUAUGCACUUCCAAAAUGUCAGUACUGUACUGUACACAACGUUUAUAUGUACUGUAUCUUGUAUUUCUUAUGUUGGACUUUUUUUGUAAAAGAUACCUGUUGACUUCCCUGUAAAAAAUAAAGGUGAAAUAAAUAACAACUUUCACUGGGCUAUUAAUGGCAGUCAGGUACUGUAGUCUGAACAUGGUGUGUGUUUUUCAGGUGGGUGACGACUGGUACCUGGAGGGCUGUAAGGAGAAGUGUGUGUGUCUGGGAGGGGGGGUGAUACAGUGUCACAACACCACCUGUACUCUGACAGAGAGCUGUGGCCUGCAGGACGGAGAGUUGGGAUGUUACCCACUGGGUACGAUACACACACACACACACACACACACACAGGAGGGAGAGUACGGAUGCCACAGUAAUAUAUGAUACACAACAGACAGGGGACAUUUAAUUAAUAUGAAAUGGUGUACAUUGAAGGUGAGGGGCUUCAUCCACUUAGUAUAAACCAGGGUUCCCCAACUGACGGCCCAUGGGCCGAAUUUGGACCGCGGUGAUUUUAUUUAUGAUGUAAAAAGAAAAUGACUAAAAACAACAGCAAAUCAGCUCCAGGUGAUUUUAAUUUUGGAAAUCUGUUCCAAAGUAUUCUCAUGCAUUAUAGAGAGAUACGUGUGAUCGUAUACAAAUGUAAGCAAGGUUUGAAAUGAUUAUGCUUUAGUCAAAUAUUUUAUCUGUUUGGGCUUCUUGCUGUCAAUUUGCAGUCUACAAAUAAUUUGUAAUUACGUUCCGGCCCCCUGACCAUCCACUCAAGAAAAAAUCGACCCGCGGCUGAAUCUAGUUGAUGAUCCCUGGUAUAAACUGUAAGAGUUGAUUAAAAUGACAUGGAAUCAAUAGUGAAAUCCGGAAACUUUAAAUAGGACUAUCAGUGCUCCCUCUAAAAUUUUACAAAAUGGACUAAACAUUAUGGACUAAAACUAAACUCUACCCACAGAAACAGGAAUCUGCACGGUCCAGGGCGACCCUCAUUACACCUCUUUUGAUAAGAGGGUGCAUAACUUCAUGGGUUCUUGCUCCUACACCCUCACCAAGCCCUGCAAUGAAACCUCUGGGAUGCCGUACUUCACCGUUGACACCCAGAACGAGCACCGAGGCAGCAACAAGGUGGUGUCGUACAUCAAAGCCGUCGUGAUCAAAGUGUACGGGAUUACCGUCAUCCUGGGGAAAGGACGCAAAAUACAGGUGAGGAACAUUGGAGGUUAGCUACAGAUCAACUUAGUUUAUUCAGUUAUGUUGGCAAAGUGUCAAGAUAAGGCCUCACAGUGUGGUCCAUAAAAUAGACGUUAGACGUUAUCGUGGCAAAGUGGGAACAAACUGGGAGCAAAUGUUUUGAAAUGGAAUACUAAAACGGGAAUCCAUACCCAUGAAAAUACAUGCUCAAUAGAUAACCAUUUACUGUACAAUUUGCUAAGUUAACUCUAAUUUAUAAUGGUUACUCUCUCCUCUCAUCUCUUCCAGGUCAACGGAACCCUGGUGACCCCUCCUGUGACUCUGACCAAUGGGGUGAAGAUCUACCUGAGCGGGCAGUUUGUUGUCUUGGAUACGACCUUUGGCCUGAGGGUGAGGUUCGAUGGUAACCACCACGCUGAUGUCACUCUGCCUUCCUCCUACAACGGACUGCUCUGUGGACUCUGUGGUAAGAGAUAAUCAAUCAAUGAUGAUCAUCUAUAAACAUGACAGAUAAUUGAUUAUCACUAAUAAGGUGAUUGAAAGAAACCAGGCACAGCAAGAAAAGCCCUUGGUUCACCCACUUUUAUUAUAUCCCCUUUGUAGUGGGCAGUAUAUUUAUGACGUAUUGCCUGAAAAUCUCUUUGAAUAUCAAUUUGUAUCUUGAAUUGACGGCAUUAGUAACUGCUUCUGUCUAUCCUCUAUUCCUGUAGGAAACUUCAACGGUCAACCCGGUGAUGACAACAUCAAGCCAGAUGGUAAACCAGCCGGCAACACCAACGAACUAGGAGAGAGCUGGCAGGUGCCCGACGACCGCCCCGAGUGAGUCACACACACCUGAAACAGACGUGACACACACACUACACACAUUCAUGUUUCAGUUUCAAUGUUUUUCUUUAUCUAGCGUUGUUAGGAAGAACUAUAGUCUGAACUAAGAUACCACGCUAUGUUACAUUUAGCCUAGAUUCCAUUGUUUUUGUAUGAAUUAUGACCUACAGGUCUGACUCCAUCGAGGAGAUUAAAUGUCAAUCCUCGACAGUGACGUCUUUGACGUUCAUCCCUUCCUUCCAUUCUUUCAUCAAUCCCUCCAUGCCUCUCUUUUCUUUCAGCUGUACCCACGGUGGAGGAGAAGAGGAGUGUGAUCCCAAGGUUGAGGCAGAAGCUGAGAAACCCACCAGCUGUGGCAUGAUCACUGACCCCAACGGUGAGACACACACACACACACACACACACAGAAACACACAUACGUGCGCAUGCAAACACACACACACAUACACGACAUUGUCUAGACGUUGAUUUAAAAGCAAAUGCUCAAACAUACUCUCUCUUUCAGAAAAGCUGUUAUAUACAAAUUACUACACACAACGUGUACUGUAUAUUUCAGUCUCCCCUUCACUAAAACCAUUUAUUUUUCACAUGAUGUCCAAGGUAUCUUCAAGCCGUGCCACGCAGUGGUUCCCCCCAACAUCUACCAGGAGAACUGUGUGUACGACCAGUGUGCUACGGGAGGGGACACGGUGGCUCUGUGUCAGGCUAUAGAGAGCUACGCUUUUCUGUGUGCCUCGGCUGGAGUUCCCAUCGCAUGGAGGAACAACACCUUCUGUCGUAAGUCACACACACACACACACACACAUGCAUGCACACACACACCUGACUGUGUGUAGCCUAACACACCUGUGCUCCAUGUGCUGUAACCCACCUGUGUGUCCUCUGAGUGUGUGUAUUCAGUGCUCCUUCUCUUGGGAAGCACCAAUAUUGUGAAAGUGGUGUGCCACAAAGAUCAGUCUUAGUACCCCUUAAUUUCUCCCCAUACAUUUCUACCCCUCAGUAUUGUAAAACUGAUGUGCAAUAAAGUUGACUUCCAUUAUAACCCAUCAAUAACCUAUUCCCCUCCCCCCAGCUCUGAAGUGUCCCCCAGGCAGCCACUACGAGCCCUGUGGUAACGCCUGUCCUUCCAGCUGUUCGAACCCUACUUUCAACUCCACCUGUAACCAGCCCUGUGUAGAGGGGUGUGUGUGUGACCCCGGCCUGGUACUCAGUGGUGACAAGUGUGUCCCACCCAGCCAGUGUGGCUGCACCGACAAGGAUAACAAUUACAGACCGGUAAGGAAUGGAGGAACAGAGUUUUAUUGUUACUCUCUUAGUAGUCAAUAAACUGAACUGAAAUUCAUGGGAAUAACGUUAGCUAUAGUCCUAGUCAUCAUUUCAACCAUUUGAAAUAGCUUUAGCCUCUGUUUGCAAAAGUACAGCUUAGUACUAGUAAGACUAACUCAUAUUGCUGUGACUGAUUUUACCCUGUACCAUGUGAGUACCUUCUUGGUGUUAAAUCACUGACUGAGGCUUUAAUGCUUUUAUUCAAAUUCAUUUAAUCACUUUUCACUGUUUUGGGAUCAGUUUGAAAAUGGAGAAUCACUUUAUAAUGAACCUCAAUUUUCUUCCAAAAGUAUCUGAAUAUCAACUUUGCUCUUAAUGGAAUGCUGAAUGCUGUUGGAGUCAUGUGCCUUUCUUAGACUGUGCUUAAAAUACGCUGAAUUACAUAAAUACACCAAUCCCUUGAUACUGUUCAUAAGGAUUAAUCUUUGUGUUUCAGGUGGGUGACGACUGGUACCUGGAGGGCUGUAAGGAGAAGUGUGUGUGUCUGGGAGGGGGGGUGAUACAGUGUCACAACACCACCUGUACUCUGACAGAGAGCUGUGGCCUACAGGACGGAGAGUUGGGAUGUUACCCACUGGGUACGAUACACACACACACACACACACAGGAGGGAGAGUACGGAUGCCAAUAUCUUUAUCAUUGUGUGUGUGCCAUUUAUUUUACUGGGCCAUUAUGUUGAGGGUAAGAUUGAAAAGCGUCUUUGGGUGAAAAGCGCAAUACAAUUGUUGGGUCUCAGUUUUGUGCACUUGUAGCUUUUGAAAUGUGUACGUUUUUAUAAUACAUUUUGUAAAUGGGGCUAUCAGUCCUCCCUCAAAACAUAAGUUUUAAACUUCUAUGAAAACAAAAUAUUAUGAACUAAAACUAAACUGUACCCUCCUCUACCCACAGAAACAGGAAUCUGCACGGUCCAGGGCGACCCUCAUUACACCUCUUUUGAUAAGAGGGUGCAUAACUUCAUGGGUUCUUGCUCCUACACCCUCACCAAGCCCUGCAAUGAAACCUCUGGGAUUCCGUACUUCACCGUUGACACCCAGAACGAGCACCGAGGCAGCAACAAGGUGGUGUCGUACGUCAAAGCCGUUGUGAUCAAAGUGUACGGGAUUACCGUCAUCCUGGGGAAAGGACGCAAAAUACAGGUGAGGAACAUUGGAGGUUAGCUACAGAUCAACUUAGUUUAUUCAGUUAUGUUGGCAAAGUGUCAAGAUAAGGCCUCACAGUGUGGUCCAUAAAAUAGACGUUAGACGUUAUCGUGGCAAAGUGGGAACAAACUGGGAGCAAAUGUUUUGAAAUGGAAUACUAAAACGGGAAUCCAUACCCAUGAAAAUACAUGCUCAAUAGAUAACCAUUUAUUGUACAAUUUGCUAAGUUAACUCCAAUUUAAAAUGGUUACACUCUCCUCUCAUCUCUUCCAGGUCAACGGAACCCUGGUGACCCCUCCUGUGACUCUGACCAAUGGGGUGAAGAUCUACCUGAGCGGGCAGUUUGUUGUCUUGGAGACGACCUUUGGCCUGAGGGUGAGGUUCGAUGGUAACCACCACGCAGACGUCACUCUGCCUUCCUCCUACAACGGACUGCUCUGUGGACUCUGUGGUAAGAGAUAAUCAAUCAAUGAUGAUCAUCUAUAAACAUGACAGAUAAUUGAUCAUCACUAAUAAGGUGAUUGAAAGAAACCAGGCACAGCAAGAAAAGCCCUUGGUUCACCCACUUUUAUCAUAUCCCCUUUGUAGUGGGCAGUAUAUUUAUGACGUAUUGCCUGAAAAUCUCUUUGAAUAUCAAUUUGUAUCUUGAAUUGACGGCAUUAGUAACUGCUUCUGUCUAUCCUCUAUUCCUGUAGGAAACUUCAACGGUCAACCCGGUGAUGACAACAUCAAGCCAGAUGGUAAACCAGCCGGCAACACCAACGAACUAGGAGAGAGCUGGCAGGUGCCCGACGACCGCCCCGAGUGAGUCACACACACCUGAAACAGACAUGACACACACACGACACACAUUCAUGUUUCUGUUUCAAUGUGUUUCUUUAUCUAGCGUUGUUAGGAAGAACUAUAGUCUGAACUAAGAUACCAGGCUAUGUUACAUUUAUCCUAGAUUCCAUUGUUUUUGUAUGAAUUAUGACCUACAGGUCUGACUCCAUCGAGGAGAUUACAUUUCAAUCCUCGACAGUGACGUCUUUGACGUUCAUCCCUUCCUUCCAUUCUUUCAUCAAUCCCUCCAUGCCUCUCUCUUCUUUCAGCUGUACCCACGGUGGAGGAGAAGAGGAGUGUGAUCCCAAGGUUGAGGCAGAAGCUGAGAAACCCACCAGCUGUGGCAUGAUCACUGACCCCAACGGUGAGACACACACACACACACACACAGAAACAAACAUACGUGCGCAUGCAAACACACACACACAUACACGACAUUGUCUAGACGUUGAUUUAAAAGCAAAUGCUCAAACAUACUCUCUCUUUCAGAAAAGCUGUUAUAUACAAAUUACUACACACAACGUGUACUGUAUAUUUCAGUCUCCCCUUCACUAAAACCAUUUAUUUUUCACAUGAUGUCCAAGGUAUCUUCAAGCCGUGCCACGCAGUGGUUCCCCCCAACAUCUACCAGGAGAACUGUGUGUACGACCAGUGUGCUACGGGAGGGGACACGGUGGCUCUGUGUCAGGCUAUAGAGAGCUACGCUUAUCUGUGUGCCUCGGCUGGAGUUCCCAUCGCAUGGAGGAACAACACCUUCUGUCGUAAGUCACACACACACACACACACAUGCAUGCACACACACACCUGACUGUGUGUAGCCUAACACACCUGUGCUCCAUGUGCUGUAACACACCUGUGUGUCCUCUGAGUGUGUGUAUUCAGUGCUCCUUCUCUUGGGAAGCACCAAUAUUGUGAAAGUGGUGUGCCACAAAGAUCAGUCUUAGUACCCCUUAAUUUCUCCCCAUACAUUUCUACCCCUCAGUAUUGUAAAACUGAUGUGCAAUAAAGUUGACUUCCAUUAUAACCCAUCAAUAACCUAUUCACCUCCCCCCAGCUCUGAAGUGUCCCCCAGGCAGCCACUACGAGCCCUGUGGUAACGCCUGUCCUUCCAGCUGUUCGAACCCUACUUUCAACUCCACCUGUAACCAGCCCUGUGUAGAGGGGUGUGUGUGUGACCCCGGCCUGGUACUCAGUGGUGACAAGUGUGUCCCACCCAGCCAGUGUGGCUGCACCGACAAGGAUAACAAUUACAGACCGGUAAGGAAUGGAGGAACAGAGUUUUAUUGUUACUCUCUUAGUAGUCAAUAAGCUGAACUGAAACUCAUGGGAAUAACGUUAGCUAUAGUCCUAGUCAUCAUUUCAACCAUUUGAAAUAGCUUUAGCCUCUGUUUGCAAAAGUACAGCUUAGUACUAGUAAGACUAACUCAUAUUGCUGUGACUGAUUUUACCCUGUACCAUGUGAGUACCUUCUUGGUGUUAAAUCACUGACUGAGGCUUUAAUGCUUUUAUUCAAAUUCAUUUAAUCACUUUUCACUGUUUUGGGAUCAGUUUGAAAAUGGAGAAUCACUUUAUAAUGAACCUCAAUUUUCUUCCAAAAGUAUCUGAAUAUCAACUUUGCUCUUAAUGGAAUGCUGAAUGCUGUUGGAGUCAUGUGCCUUUCUUAGACUGUGCUUAAAAUACGCGGAAUUACAUAAAUACACCAAUCCCUUGAUACUGUUCAUAAGGCUUCAACUUUGUUCAUCUUUGUGUUUCAGGUGGGUGACGACUGGUACCUGGAGGGCUGUAAGGAGAAGUGUGUAUGUCUGGGAGGGGGGGUGAUACAGUGUCACAACACCACCUGUACUCUGACAGAGAGCUGUGGCCUGCAGGACGGAGAGUUGGGAUGUUACCCACUGGGUACGAUACACACACACACACAGGAGGGAGAGUACGGAUGCCAAUAUCUUUAUCAUUGUGCGUGUGUCAUUUAUUUUACUGGGACAUUAUGUUGAGGGUAAGAUUGAAAAGCGUCUUUGGGUGAAAAGCGCGAUACAAUUGUGGGGUCUCAGUUUUGUGCACUUGUAGCUUUUGAAAUGUGUACGUUUUUAUAAUACAUUUUGUAAAUGGGGCUAUCAGUCCUCCCUCAAAACAUACGUUUUAAACUUCUAUGAAAACAAAAUAUUCUGAACUAAAACUAAACUCUACCCUCCUCUACCCACAGAAACAGGAAUUUGCACGGUCCAGGGCGACCCUCAUUACACCUCUUUUGAUAAGAGGGUGCAUAACUUCAUGGGUUCUUGCUCCUACACCCUCACCAAGCCCUGCAAUGAAACCUCUGGGAUGCCGUACUUCACCGUUGACACCCAGAACGAGCACCGAGGCAGCAACAAGGUGGUGUCGUACGUCAAAGCCGUCGUGAUCAAAGUGUACGGGAUUACCGUCAUCCUGGGGAAAGGACGCAAAAUACAGGUGAGGAACAUUGGAGGUUAGCUACAGAUCAACUUAGUUUAUUCAGUUAUGUUGGCAAAGUGUCAAGAUAAGGCCUCACAGUGUGGUCCAUAAAAUAGACGUUAGACGUUAUCGUGGCAAAGUGGGAACAAACUGGGAGCAAAUGUUUUGAAAUGGAAUACUAAAACGGGAAUCCAUACCCAUGAAAAUACAUGCUCAAUAGAUAACCAUUUACUGUACAAUUUGCUAAGUUAACUCUAAUUUAUAAUGGUUACUCUCUCCUCUCAUCUCUUCCAGGUCAACGGAACCCUGGUGACCCCUCCUGUGACUCUGACCAAUGGGGUGAAGAUCUACCUGAGCGGGCAGUUUGUUGUCUUGGAUACGACCUUUGGCCUGAGGGUGAGGUUCGAUGGUAACCACCACGCUGAUGUCACUCUGCCUUCCUCCUACAACGGACUGCUCUGUGGACUCUGUGGUAAGAGAUAAUCAAUCAAUGAUGAUCAUCUAUAAACAUGACAGAUAAUUGAUUAUCACUAAUAAGGUGAUUGAAAGAAACCAGGCACAGCAAGAAAAGCCCUUGGUUCACCCACUUUUAUCAUCUCCCCUUUGUAGUGGGCAGUAUAUUUAUGACGUAUUGCCUGAAAAUCUCUUUGAAUAUCAAUUUGUAUCUUGAAUUGACGGCAUUAGUAACUGCUUCUGUCUAUCCUCUAUUCCUGUAGGAAACUUCAACGGUCAACCCGGUGAUGACAACAUCAAGCCAGAUGGUAAACCAGCCGGCAACACCAACGAACUAGGAGAGAGCUGGCAGGUGCCCGACGACCGCCCCGAGUGAGUCACACACACCUGAAACAGACAUGACACACACACGACACACAUUCAUGUUUCAGUUUCAAUGUUUUUCUUUAUCUAGCGUUGUUAGGAAGAACUAUAGUCUGAACUAAGAUACCAGGCUAUGUUACGUUUAGCCUAGAUUCCAUUGUUUUUGUAUGAAUUAUGACCUACAGGUCUGACUCCAUCGAGGAGAUUAAAUUUCAAUCCUCGACAGUGACGUCUUUGACGUUCAUCCCUUCCUUCCAUUCUUUCAUCAAUCCCUCCAUGCCUCUCUCUUCUUUCAGCUGUACCCACGGUGGAGGAGAAGAGAAGUGUGAUCCCAAGGUUGAGGCAGAAGCUGCGAAACCCACCAGCUGUGGCAUGAUCACUGACCCCAACGGUGAGACACACACACACACACACACACACAGAAACACACAUACGUGCGCAUGCAAACACACACACACAUACACGACAUUGUCUAGACGUUGAUUUAAAAGCAAUGCUCAAACAUACUCUCUCUUUCAGAAAAGCUGUUAUAUACAAAUUACUACACACAACGUGUACUGUAUAUUUCAGUCUCCCCUUCACUAAAACCAUUUAUUUUUCACAUGAUGUCCAAGGUAUCUUCAAGCCGUGCCACGCAGUGGUUCCCCCCAACAUCUACCAGGAGAACUGUGUGUACGACCAGUGUGCUACGGGAGGGGACACGGUGGCUCUGUGUCAGGCUAUAGAGAGCUACGCUUUUCUGUGUGCCUCGGCUGGAGUUCCCAUCGCAUGGAGGAACAACACCUUCUGUCGUAAGUCACACACACACACACACACACACAUGCAUGCACACACACACCUGACUGUGUGUAGCCUAACACACCUGUGCUCCAUGUGCUGUAACACACCUGUGUGUCCUCUGAGUGUGUGUAUUCAGUGCUCCUUCUCUUGGGAAGCACCAAUAUUGUGAAAGUGGUGUGCCACAAAGAUCAGUCUUAGUACCCCUUAAUUUCUCCCCAUACAUUUCUACCCCUCAGUAUUGUAAAACUGAUGUGCAAUAAAGUUGACUUCCAUUAUAACCCAUCAAUAACCUAUUCACCUCCCCCCAGCUCUGAAGUGUCCCCCAGGCAGCCACUACGAGCCCUGUGGUAACGCCUGUCCUUCCAGCUGUCAGAACCCUACUUUCAACUCCACCUGUAACCAGCCCUGUGUAGAGGGGUGUGUGUGUGACCCCGGCCUGGUACUCAGUGGUGACAAGUGUGUCCCACCCAGCCAGUGUGGCUGCACCGACAAGGAUAACAAUUACAGACCGGUAAGGAAUGGAGGAACAGAGUUUUAUUGUUACUCUCUUAGUAGUCAAUAAGCUGAACUGAAAGUCAUAGGAAUAACGUUAGCUAUAGUCCUAGUCAUCAUUUCAACCAUUUGAAAUAGCUUUAGCCUCUGUUUGCAAAAGUACAGCUUAGUACUAGUAAGACUAACUCAUAUUGCUGUGACUGAUUUUACCCUGUACCAUGUGAGUACCUUCUUGGUGUUAAAUCACUGAUUGAGGCUUUAAUGCUUUUAUUCAAAUUCAUUUAAUCACUUUUCACUGUUUUGGGAUCAGUUUGAAAAUGGAGAAUCACUUUAUAAUGAACCUCAAUUUUCUUCCAAAAGUAUCUGAAUAUCAACUUUGCUCUUAAUGGAAUGCUGAAUGCUGUUGGAGUCAUGUGCCUUUCUUAGCAUGUGCUUAAAAUACGCUGAAUUACAUAAAUACACCAAUCCCUUGAUACUGUUCAUAAGGCUUCAUCUUUGUUCAUCUUUGUGUUUCAGGUGGGUGACGACUGGUACCUGGAGGGCUGUAAGGAGAAGUGUGUAUGUCUGGGAGGGGGGGUGAUACAGUGUCACAACACCACCUGUACUCUGACAGAGAGCUGUGGCCUGCAGGACGGAGAGUUGGGAUGUUACCCACUGGGUACGAUACACACACACACACACACACACACACAGGAGGGAGAGUACGGAUGCCAAUAUCUUUAUCAUUGUGCGUGUGUCAUUUAUUUUACUGGGACAUUAUGUUGAGGGUAAGAUUGAAAAGCGUCUUUGGGUGAAAAGCGCGAUACAAUUGUGGGGUCUCAGUUUUGUGCACUUGUAGCUUUUGAAAUGUGUUCGUUUUUAUAAUACAUUUUGUAAAUGGGGCUAUCAGUCCUCCCUCAAAACAUACGUUUUAAACUUCUAUGAAAACAAAAUAUUAUGAACUAAAACUAAACUCUACCCUCCUCUACCCACAGAAACAGGAAUCUGCACGGUCCAGGGCGACCCUCAUUACACCUCUUUUGAUAAGAGGGUGCAUAACUUCAUGGGUUCUUGCUCCUACACCCUCACCAAGCCCUGCAAUGAAACCUCUGGGAUGCCGUACUUCACCGUUGACACCCAGAACGAGCACCGAGGCAGCAACAAGGUGGUGUCGUACGUCAAAGCCGUUGUGAUCAAAGUGUACGGGAUUACCGUCAUCCUGGGGAAAGGACGCAAAAUACAGGUGAGGAACAUUGGAGGUUAGCUACAGAUCAACUUAGUUUAUUCAGUUAUGUUGGCAAAGUGUCAAGAUAAGGCCUCACAGUGUGGUCCAUAAAAUAGACUUUAGACGUUAUCGUGGCAAAGUGGGAACAAACUGGGAGCAAAUGUUUUGAAAUGGAAUACUAAAACGGGAAUCCAUACCCAUGAAAAUACAUGCUCAAUAGAUAACCAUUUACUGUACAAUUUGCUAAGUUAACUCUAAUUUAUAAUGGUUACUCUCUCCUCUCAUCUCUUCCAGGUCAACGGAACCCUGGUGACCCCUCCUGUGACUCUGACCAAUGGGGUGAAGAUCUACCUGAGCGGGCAGUUGUUGUCUUGGAUACGACCUUUGGCCUGAGGGUGAGGUUCGAUGGUAACCACCACGCUGAUGUCACUCUGCCUUCCUCCUACAACGGACUGCUCUGUGGACUCUGUGGUAAGAGAUAAUCAAUCAAUGAUGAUCAUCUAUAAACAUGACAGAUAAUUGAUUAUCACUAAUAAGGUGAUUGAAAGAAACCAGGCACAGCAAGAAAAGCCCUUGGUUCACCCACUUUUAUCAUCUCCCCUUUGUAGUGGGCAGUAUAUUUAUGACGUAUUGCCUGAAAAUCUCUUUGAAUAUCAAUUUGUAUCUUGAAUUGACGGCAUUAGUAACUGCUUCUGUCUAUCCUCUAUUCCUGUAGGAAACUUCAACGGUCAACCCGGUGAUGACAACAUCAAGCCAGAUGGUAAACCAGCCGGCAACACCAACGAACUAGGAGAGAGCUGGCAGGUGCCCGACGACCGCCCCGAGUGAGUCACACACACCUGAAACAGACAUGACACACACACGACACACAUUCAUGUUUCAGUUUCAAUGUUUUUCUUUAUCUAGCGUUCUUAGGAAGAACUAUAGUCUGAACUAAGAUACCAGGCUAUGUUACAUUUAGCCUAGAUUCCAUUGUUUUUGUAUGAAUUAUGACCUACAGGUCUGACUCCAUCGAGGAGAUUAAAUGUCAAUCCUCGACAGUGACGUCUUUGACGUUCAUCCCUUCCUUCCAUUCUUUCAUCAAUCCCACCAUGCCUCUCUCUUCUUUCAGCUGUACCCACGGUGGAGGAGAAGAGAAGUGUGAUCCCAAGGUUGAGGCAGAAGCUGCGAAACCCACCAGCUGUGGCAUGAUCACUGACCCCAACGGUGAGACACACACACACACACACACACACAGAAACACACAUACGUGCGCAUGCAAACACACACACACAUACACGACAUUGUCUAGACGUUGAUUUAAAAGCAAAUGCUCAAACAUACUCUCUCUUUCAGAAAAGCUGUUAUAUACAAAUUACUACACACAACGUGUACUGUAUAUUUCAGUCUCCCCUUCACUAAAACCAUUUAUUUUUCACAUGAUGUCCAAGGUAUCUUCAAGCCGUGCCACGCAGUGGUUCCCCCCAACAUCUACCAGGAGAACUGUGUGUACGACCAGUGUGCUACGGGAGGGGACACGGUGGCUCUGUGUCAGGCUAUAGAGAGCUACGCUUUUCUGUGUGCCUCGGCUGGAGUUCCCAUCGCAUGGAGGAAACAACACCUUCUGUCGUAAGUCACACACACACACACACAGCAUGCAUGCACACACACACCUGACUGUGUGUAGCCUAACACACCUGUGCUCCAUGUGCUGUAACACACCUGUGUGUCCUCUGAGUGUGUGUAUUCAGUGCUCCUUCUCUUGGGAAGCACCAAUAUUGUGAAAGUGGUGUGCCACAAAGAUCAGUCUUAGUACCCCUUAAUUUCCCCAUACAUUUCUACCCCUCAGUAUUGUAAAACUGAUGUGCAAUAAAGUUGACUUCCAUUAUAACCCAUCAAUAACCUAUUCACCUCCCCCCAGCUCUGAAGUGUCCCCCAGGCAGCCACUACGAGCCCUGUGGUAACGCCUGUCCUUCCAGCUGUUCGAACCCUACUUUCAACUCCACCUGUAACCAGCCCUGUGUAGAGGGGUGUGUGUGUGACCCUGGCCUGGUACUCAGUGGUGACAAGUGUGUCCCACCCAGCCAGUGUGGCUGCACCGACAAGGAUAACAAUUACAGACCGGUAAGGAAUGGAGGAACAGAGUUUUAUUGUUACUCUCUUAGUAGUCAAUAAACUGAACUGAAAUUCAUGGGAAUAACGUUAGCUAUAGUCCUAGUCAUCAUUUCAACCAUUUGAAAUAGCUUUAGCCUCUGUUUGCAAAAGUACAGCUUAGUACUAGUAAGACUAACUCAUAUUGCUGUGACUGAUUUUACCCUGUACCAUGUGAGUACCUUCUUGGUGUUAAAUCACUGACUGAGGCUUUAAUGCUUUUAUUCAAAUUCAUUUAAUGACUUUUCACUGUUUUGGGAUCAGUUUGAAAAUGGAGAAUCACUUUAUAAUGAACCUCAAUUUUCUUCCAAAAGUAUCUGAAUAUCAACUUUGCUCUUAAUGGAAUGCUGAAUGCUGUUGGAGUCAUGUGCCUUUCUUAGACUGUGCUUAAAAUACGCGGAAUUACAUAAAUACACCAAUCCCUUGAUACUGUUCAUAAGGCUUCAUCCUUGUUCAUCUUUGUGUUUCAGGUGGGUGACGACUGGUACCUGGAGGGCUGUAAGGAGAAGUGUGUGUGUCUGGGAGGGGGGGUGAUACAGUGUCACAACACCACCUGUACUCUGACAGAGAGCUGUGGCCUGCAGGAUGGAGAGUUGGGAUGUUACCCACUGGGUACGAUACACACACACACACACACACACACACACACACACACAGGAGGGAGAGUACGGAUGCCAAUAUCUUUAUCAUUGUGCGUGUGUCAUUUAUAUUACUGGGACAUUAUGUUGAGGGUAAGAUUGAAAGCGUCUUUGGGUGAAAAGCGCGAUACAAUUGUGGGGUCUCAGUUUUGUGCACUUGUAGCUUUUGAAAUGUGUACGUUUUUAUAAUAAAUUUUGUAAAUGGGGCUAUCAGUCCUCCCUCAAAACAUAAGUUUAAACUUCUAUGAAAACAAAAUAUUCUGAACUAAAACUAAACUCUACCCUCCUCUACCCACAGAAACAGGAAUCUGCACGGUCCAGGGCGACCCUCAUUACACCUCUUUUGAUAAGAGGGUGCAUAACUUCAUGGGGUCUUGCUCCUACACCCUCACCAAGCCCUGCAAUGAAACCUCUGGGAUGCCGUACUUCACCGUUGACACCCAGAACGAGCACCGAGGCAGCAACAAGGUGGUGUCGUACGUCAAAGCCGUCGUGAUCAAGGUGUACGGGAUUACCGUCAUCCUGGGGAAAGGACGCAAAAUACAGGUGAGGAACAUUGGAGGUUAGCUACAGAUCAACUUAGUUUAUUCAGUUAUGUUGGCAAAGUGUCAAGAUAAGGCCUCACAGUGUGGUCCAUAAAAUAGACGUUAGACGUUAUCGUGGCAAAGUGGGAACAAACUGGGAGCAAAUGUUUUGAAAUGGAAUACUAAAACAGGAAUCCAUACCCAUGAAAAUACAUGCUCAAUAGAUAACCAUUUACUGUACAAUUUGCUAAGUUAACUCCAAUUUAAAAUGGUUACACUCUCCUCUCAUCUCUUCCAGGUCAACGGAACCCUGGUGACCCCUCCUGUGACUCUGACCAAUGGGGUGAAGAUCUACCUGAGCGGGCAGUUUGUUGUCUUGGAGACGACCUUUGGCCUGAGGGUGAGGUUCGAUGGUAACCACCACGCAGACGUCACUCUGCCUUCCUCCUACAACGGACUGCUCUGUGGACUCUGUGGUAAGAGAUAAUCAAUCAAUGAUGAUCAUCUAUAAACAUGACAGAUAAUUGAUUAUCACUAAUAAGGUGAUUGAAAGAAACCAGGCACAGCAAGAAAAGCCCUUGGUUCACCCACUUUUAUCAUCUCCCCUUUGUAGUGGGCAGUAUAUUUAUGACGUAUUGCCUGAAAAUCUCUUUGAAUAUCAAUUUGUAUCUUGAAUUGACGGCAUUAGUAACUGCUUCUGUCUAUCCUCUAUUCCUGUAGGAAACUUCAACGGUCAACCCGGUGAUGACAACAUCAAGCCAGAUGGUAAACCAGCCGGCAACACCAACGAACUAGGAGAGAGCUGGCAGGUGCCCGACGACCGCCCCGAGUGAGUCACACACACCUGAAACAGACAUGACACACACACGACACACAUUCAUGUUUCAGUUUCAAUGUGUUUCUUUAUCUAGCGUUGUUAGGAAGAACUAUAGUCUGAACUAAGAUACCAGGCUAUGUUACAUUUAGCCUAGAUUCCAUUGUUUUUGUAUGAAUUAUGACCUACAGGUCUGACUCCAUCGAGGAGAUUACAUUUCAAUCCUCGACAGUGACGUCUUUGACGUUCAUCCCUUCCUUCCAUUCUUUCAUCAAUCCCUCCAUGCCUCUCUCUUCUUUCAGCUGUACCCACGGUGGAGGAGAAGAGGAGUGUGAUCCCAAGGUUGAGGCAGAAGCUGAGAAACCCACCAGCUGUGGCAUGAUCACUGACCCCAACGGUGAGACACACACACACACACACACACACACAGAAACAAACAUACGUGCGCAUGCAAACACACACACACAUACACGACAUUGUCUAGACGUUGAUUUAAAAGCAAAUGCUCACACAUACUCUCUCUUUCAGAAAAGCUGUUAUAUACAAAUUACUACACACAACGUGUACUGUAUAUUUCAGUCUCCCCUUCACUAAAACCAUUUAUUUUUCACAUGAUGUCCAAGGUAUCUUCAAGCCGUGCCACGCAGUGGUUCCCCCCAACAUCUACCAGGAGAACUGUGUGUACGACCAGUGUGCUACGGGAGGGGACACGGUGGCUCUGUGUCAGGCUAUAGAGAGCUACGCUUAUCUGUGUGCCUCGGCUGGAGUUCCCAUCGCAUGGAGGAACAACACCUUCUGUCGUAAGUCACACACACACACACACACAUGCAUGCACACACACACCUGACUGUGUGUAGCCUAACACACCUGUGCUCCAUGUGCUGUAACACACCUGUGUGUCCUCUGAGUGUGUGUAUUCAGUGCUCCUUCUCUUGGGAAGCACCAAUAUUGUGAAAGUGGUGUGCCACAAAGAUCAGUCUUAGUACCCCUUAAUUUCUCCCCAUACAUUUCUACCCCUCAGUAUUGUAAAACUGAUGUGCAAUAAAGUUGACUUCCAUUAUAACCCAUCAAUAACCUAUUCACCUCCCCCCAGCUCUGAAGUGUCCCCCAGGCAGCCACUACGAGCCCUGUGGUAACGCCUGUCCUUCCAGCUGUUCGAACCCUACUUUCAACUCCACCUGUAACCAGCCCUGUGUAGAGGGGUGUGUGUGUGACCCCGGCCUGGUACUCAGUGGUGACAAGUGUGUCCCACCCAGCCAGUGUGGCUGCACCGACAAGGAUAACAAUUACAGACCGGUAAGGAAUGGAGGAACAGAGUUUUAUUGUUACUCUCUUAGUAGUCAGUAAGCUGAAAUGAAACUCAUGGGAAUAACGUUAGCUAUAGUCCUAGUCAUCAUUUCAACCAUUUGAAAUAGCUUUAGCCUCUGUUUGCAAAAGUACAGCUUAGUACUAGUAAGACUAACUCAUAUUGCUGUGACUGAUUUGACCCUGUACCCUGUGAGUACCUUCUUGGUGUUAAAUCACUGACUGAGGCUUUAAUGCUUUUAUUCAAAUUCAUUUAAUCACUUUUCACUGUUUUGGGAUCAGUUUGAAAAUGGAGAAUCACUUUAUAAUGAACCUCAAUUUUCUUCCAAAAGUAUCUGAAUAUCAACUUUGCUCUUAAUGGAAUGCUGAAUGCUGUUGGAGUCAUGUGCCUUUCUUAGACUGUGCUUAAAAUACGCUGAAUUACAUAAAUACACCAAUCCCUUGAUACUGUUCAUAAGGAUUCAUCUUUGUUCAUCUUUGUGUUUCAGGUGGGUGACGACUGGUACCUGGAGGGCUGUAAGGAGAAGUGUGUGUGUCUGGGAGGGGGGGUGAUACAGUGUCACAACACCACCUGUACUCUGACAGAGAGCUGUGGCCUACAGGACGGAGAGUUGGGAUGUUACCCACUGGGUACGAUACACACACACACACACACACACACACAGGAGGGAGAGUACGGAUGCCAAUAUCUUUAUCAUUGUGCGUGUGUCAUUUAUUUUACUGGGACAUUAUGUUGAGGGUAAGAUUGAAAAGCGUCUUUGGGUGAAAAGCGCGAUACAAUUGUGGGGUCUCAGUUUUGUGCACUUGUAGCUUUUGAAAUGUGUUCGUUUUUAUAAUACAUUUUGUAAAUGGGGCUAUCAGUCCUCCCUCAAAACAUACGUUUUAAACUUCUAUGAAAACAAAAUAUUCUGAACUAAAACUAAACUCUACCCUCCUCUACCCACAGAAACAGGAAUCUGCACGGUCCAGGGCGACCCUCAUUACACCUCUUUUGAUAAGAGGGUGCAUAACUUCAUGGGUUCUUGCUCCUACACCCUCACCAAGCCCUGCAAUGAAACCUCUGGGAUGCCGUACUUCACCAUUGACACCCAGAACGAGCACCGAGGCAGCAACAAGGUGGUGUCGUACAUCAAAGCCAUCGUGAUCAAAGUGUACGGGAUUACCGUCAUCCUGGGGAAAGGACGCAAAAUACAGGUGAGGAACAUUGGAGGUUAGCUACAGAUCAACUUAGUUUAUUCAGUUAUGUUGGCAAAGUGUCAAGAUAAGGCCUCACAGUGUGGUCCAUAAAAUAGACUUUAGACGUUAUCGUGGCAAAGUGGGAACAAACUGGGAGCAAAUGUUUUGAAAUGGAAUACUAAAACGGGAAUCCAUACCCAUGAAAAUACAUGCUCAAUAGAUAACCAUUUACUGUACAAUUUGCUAAGUUAACUCUAAUUUAUAAUGGUUACUCUCUCCUCUCAUCUCUUCCAGGUCAACGGAACCCUGGUGACCCCUCCUGUGACUCUGACCAAUGGGGUGAAGAUCUACCUAAGCGGGAAGUUUGUUGUCUUGGAUACGACCUUUGGCCUGAGGGUGAGGUUCGAUGGUAACCACCACGCUGACGUCACUCUGCCUUCCUCCUACAACGGACUGCUCUGUGGACUCUGUGGUAAGAGAUAAUCAAUCAAUGAUGAUCAUCUAUAAACAUGACAGAUAAUUAAUUAUCACUAAUAAGGUGAUUGAAAGAAACCAGGCACAGCAAGAAAAGCCCUGACCCAGCUGGCAGUUUGUAUGCACAGUAACCGUUGAUGUGUGCAGUAGUAACUGGUUCUGUUUAUCCUCUGUUCUUGUAGGAAACUUCAACGGUCAACCCGGUGAUGACAACAUCAAGCCAGAUGGUAAACCAGCCGGCAACACCAACGAACUAGGAGAGAGCUGGCAGGUGCCCGACGACCGCCCCGAGUGAGUCACACACACCUGAAACAGACAUGACACACACACGACACACAUUCAUGUUUCAGUUUCAAUGUGUUUCUUUAUCUAGCGUUGUUAGGAAGAACUAUAGUCUGAACUAAGAUACCAGGCUAUGUUACAUUUAGCCUAGAUUCCAUUGUUUUUGUAUGAAUUAUGACCUACAGGUCUGACUCCAUCGAGGAGAUUACAUUUCAAUCCUCGACAGUGACGUCUUUGACGUUCAUCCCUUCCUUCCAUUCUUUCAUCAAUCCCUCCAUGCCUCUCUCUUCUUUCAGCUGUACCCACGGUGGAGGAGAAGAGGAGUGUGAUCCCAAGGUUGAGGCAGAAGCUGAGAAACCCACCAGCUGUGGCAUGAUCACUGACCCCAACGGUGAGACUCACGCACACACACACACACACACACACACACAGAAACACACACACACACUGACGCAUGGAAGCACAAAUUACAGCUGUCGGACAGAAACACAAGACAGAAAAUCAUAGACUUGCUCAAUCCACAUACACAAUUUCACUCUUUCACAAAACAUGUUAUAUUCAUGUUAUUAAACACCACUUGUGCUGUAUCUUUCAGUCUCCCUUCACUAAAGCCAUUUCUCAUUUCUGUAGAACAUGAAAUUAUAUUUAAAUGAAAUGAGAGAGUUGUGCCUGAAAUGUCAGCUAACUUACUAAGACCAUUACUCAUUGGCCAUUUGUCCUAUUUUCUCAGCUGUUUUACAGCAUUUGUUUGUCUAUUGUGUUAUUACAUAUCAUUUUUACUAUGUAAAAACGAUUUAUUGAUAAUUCCUCACUGUCUCAGCUAUAUAACACCAUUAAUCUAUCCUCCAUUCUCUCUCAGGUAUCUUCAAGCCGUGCCACGCAGUGGUUCCCCCCAACAUCUACCAGGAGAACUGUGUCUACGACCAGUGUGCUACGGGAGGGGAGACGGUGGCUCUGUGUCAGGCUAUAGAGAGCUACGCUGACCUAUGUGCCUUGGCUGGAGUUCCCAUCGCAUGGAGGAACAACACCUUCUGUCGUAAGUCACAUACACACACGUGCGCACACACGCACACACAUUGAAACACAGGUAUGCACGCAAACGCAUACACACACACCUUCCCGACUGUGUGUAGUCUAACUAACACACCUGUGCUCCAUGUGCUGUAACACACCUGUGAGUCCUUUAUGUGUACUGAGUCCUACCUCUCUUGGGUAACACCAAUAUUGUGAAAGUGGUGUGCUACAAGGAUUAGGCUUAGUACCAAUUCAAAUUCCAUGUUCCCUCCGUUCUCCCCCUUUCUUGGGCAGCAGCAACACAGAUUAUUCGCAUUGCCCAUCAGUAACCCAUGUUUUCCCUCUCUCUCUCUCUCUCUCUCUCUCUCUCUCUCUCCCCCUCUCCCCCCAGCUCUGAAGUGUCUCCCAGGCAGCCACUACGAGCCCUGUGGUAACGCCUGUCCUUCCAGCUGUCAGAACCCUACCUUCAACGCCACCUGUACCCAGCCCUGUGUAGAGGGGUGUGUGUGUGACCCCGGCCUGGUACUCAGUGGUGACAAGUGUGUCCCACCCAGCCAGUGUGGCUGCACCGACAAGGAUAACAAUUACAGACCGGUAAGAACGGAGGAACCGAGUUAUGACUUGACUAGUAAAGUUGACAUAGUAGUCAGUACAAUGACCUGAGACUUAUCUGUUUGCAAAAGUAGAAAAGUAGUGUUUCGUAGAAUGUUGUUAUGGGUAGAUCAUGUUGCUCGUGUGGUUGAUUGACUAAGUUAAUUAUGUGGUUUAUUGACUAACUAAAAUGGUUGAUUGUUAUAUGUCUCUGGGACUGUGUCUUAUGUCCAUAUCUCUCCUUGUUUGUGUGUCCUAGGUGGGAGACAGUUGGUUCACUGAGCUGGACUGUUCAGAGCGUUGUAAGUGUAACCCUGGCAACAACAUCGUCUGUGAGCCGUGGCAGUGUAGCCCCGCCCAGGAGUGUAAGGUGUCGGAGGGAGAGCUGGCAUGUGUUUCAACAGGUAAAUGCCACACCCCCUUUCAGGGCUUUUUCAUAGUCUUUGUUUUGUUUAUUUUGCUACUGUAAGUGGGACAGAACAUGUUUUGGUUUCCCCGAUACAGAUUUAUAGUUCAUUAUUAGCCCUGAACUAAAAAGCAUUUAGAGAAUCUCCAUUGAACAUGCUUCCAAGACCUAGUCCAGGACUAGGCUUAAUCUGUGUCCGGAAAACCAGCUCUAAGUAUCUUCACUUGUGAUUGAAAGUAAUGUGACAGUGCCUGUAUAUGAAACACACUAUCAAGAACUCACUCCAAGAAUUCAUCACUAACCCAGAUAUGAAUGUCUCUGUUCUCUGUGUCUCUCCCCAGGUUUGGGUGUGUGUCACGUGGCUGGAGAUCCUCACUACUACACCUUCGAUGGUGUCAUGCACACCUUUAUGGGCACCUGUACCUAUACACUGGUGGAGGUAUGUAACCGUCGUCUCCCCACCUCUCUUCCUCUUCCCCUCCAUCUCUCCCGAUCCCCGUAACACAUCUCCUUCCCUCCAUCUUCCUCCCCCGUUAUCCCUCUCUCUCCCUCAGGUGUGUAACUCCACCAAGGUAACUCCAUUCACCAUUGUGGCGAAGAACGAGGAGCGCGGCCAACCAGAGGCGUCGUACGUGCGCUCCGUUACGGUCUAUCUUCCCAACGCCACCGUCACGCUUCAGAAGAGCAACAGAGUUCUGGUGAGAUGGAGAUCAAGUUCAAACCUUUAUUGUUCGUUUUUUGGUGAAAGUAGGCUUAUGCCUCAGUCACAUCACAGCAAACAGACAGAAAACACAAAACAGAGGGAGGGAGUGAGGGAGGGAUCCAUUCGCGAGCAUGCUUAGAAUCACAUUUGUCAGAGUACCGAAAAGUAGAAGUUGGACGUUUUAGCUCAAUCCUGAGCACAGUUUUCUUUAUUUUCUCAUAAUGUUUUAGUCGGAUAGUAGAGUUACCGUUAUGGUACGUUUUGAUCAUUAUUCAUCUUCUCAAUGAAGCUGGCAGGGUAGCUUGGUCGUUGCCGAGGGAUCUAUGGUGUACUAAUACAUUCUUUUUUGGGGGUGCUAAUGGGGGUGCUAACCCACUUUGUGGAACCGCCCAUGGAAGCUGUGAUAGUCAAGUUUGAGGAACAACAACCCAUAUGCCUUAUUGGUUAUUGAUUUCCACUAAUCACCUCUCCUUUAUCCCCCCCCCCUCUCUCUCUACCACCCUCCUCCCUCGCUCUCUAUUUCUCUCUCUCUCCUCUCCAGUUGGACGGGCGCAGGGUGCGUACUCCUCUGUCCAUUGACGUGGCCGGGGCCAGGGUCUUGAGUAGUGGUGUCUACAGUCUACUGGACACUGACUUUGGCCUGAAGGUGAAGUUUGAUGGAGUCCACCACUUGGAGAUCACCAUCCCUGGAGAGUACUUCAACAAGGUACGACUGAGCCCAACUGUAGUAAUGCUACUGUAUAAUAAUGCGUAUUAUACAACUUAUAAUGAUGGUAAAAGUAAGCCACUUUCACACAGUACUUGUCUUGGCCAUACUAAAAUGCUCAGACCUACAUUUUGAAGGGACUUCUAAAUGCUUUUCUCUGCCCUUUUCAUUCAUAGAAUUGUUCAAAUUCUAUUCAAAUGUAUUUUAGUUAGCUCUUUUUACAGUAAUUGACACUGUUUCUUGUACAAACUUACACUCUUAUAUCUUUCCUCAGUUUCAACUCACACCUCUUUCCCUCCAUCUCUCCAGGUGUGUGGUAUGUGUGGUAACUACAACAUGAAUGCCAAAGACGACAACCUGAAGCCAGACGGAAAGCCGGCCAAGGACGUGAUCGAACUGGGCAACAGCUGGAAGUCCGAGGGAGACUCAGACCCAGGGUCAGUAACCUCUAACCCUUCACCUUUGACCUUGUACUUUAGGCCAGGAGGCAACCACUAAAGCUUUUUUUGGGCCAUCUGUCUAUGUCAUUCAUAUUUUAGAUACAAAACACUGCCAUCUGUCUAUGUUAUUCAUAUUUUAGAUACCUGGAUUUUUAAUAAUAUAUAAAGCCUUAAGGCAAGCCUGUGUUCAAAUAGACCAGGUACAUCAUUUCACUAGAGUAAACCACUCUGUCUGUACAAGGUUGGCAAAAAACAUGUAUAAUGAAACAUUCUAGCAACAUUUUAUUGGUGAUUAAUCCUCAUGGUCUGGCAGGAGGUUACAUUUCUGGACACUCUCUCUCCCUCUUCUCCCUCCACCAUCUAACCCAUCCCUCCCACCAUCUCUCCCUCCAUCCCUCCAGGUGCUCACCAGAUGAGCGUCCCAGCAUCCACCCUAACUGCACGGCAGAAGAAGAGAAACAGUACGAGACCCUGUGUUCUUCUAUCAUCCUUGGCGACAAGUUCAAGCCCUGCCACUCUUUCCUGCCCCCGGAGGCCUUCCUGGGGAACUGCGUGUAUGACAUGUGUGAAUACGACGGCAUGCAGGCCACUCUGUGUGAUAACGUGGAAGCCUAUGCACAGGCCUGUCAGUCAGCUGGGAUUACCAUCGCCUGGAGAAACAACACAUUCUGUCGUAAGUGAUGGGGGGAGAUGGGAGUUGGGGGAGGGUGGGGUGGGGUGAGAGGGAAGGAGAGAGUAUGGGAGGGAGGUUGUGCAUAUGAUGCUAUUUAAAUGAAUAAAAAUGGAAGGAAAUGAGUUGGCUUUGGAAUGUAUUUAGUAAAAUAACUACAUGUGUAGGCCUAUACUGUCGACCAAUGAUGCCGCAAUUACCUGAUGAAACCCAUCCAUAGAGCCAAUACUACUGUAACUGUUACUGUACUGUAUAAAAAGAUAGGAUCUUUGAUUAUCGUCUAACCCCACCCUCUCUCUUUCCCCCUCCAGCCCUGCCAUGCACCCCCAAUAGCCACUACUCUGACUGCACGCCCCCCUGCCCCCCCACCUGCGCCGACCUGUUCCCCAUGUUCUGCCACCUGCCCCCCACCACCUGUGUCGAGGGGUGCCAGUGUGAUGCAGGGUUCGUACUCAGCGACGGGAAGUGUGUUCCUCUGGCCAAGUGUGGAUGUGUGGACUCCAAUGGAGAGUACCAUGAUGUGAGUGCUUACUGUUUCGUUGACCAAUCAUACACACUUACACGCACUCUACUUUACCAGUCAUACACACCAACUAAACACCGAAAACUUCCUUUCAACUUAAGGUGAUUGUCAAAUGACAGACAUAAUUGUACCAUAGUUUGCAUGAUAUUCAACUAUCAAACAAGUUUGGUUAGAACAAGAAUCAAAACUCCACCAGCCAGACACAGUUACAACACAUUCUCCAUAAUACCAUCCAAACUCCAAUAAUCGUGACAAGGUUUCUUUACAUACUGUAUAAACAGUCAGCCGUAAUCCUAACGUGUGUUCUGUGUGCGUGUGUUGCAGAUGGGAGACUCGUGGGUGACUGACCACUGUAAUGACAAGUGUACCUGUAACCUGGGUGGUUCCAUCACCUGUUCAGAUUUUCAAUGUGAGGACGAUUCUGUCUGCACUCUGGACAAAUACGGAGACCUCUACUGCAAACCUGAGAGUAAGUCCCAACGCUUCUCUCAAAAUAGUCCCUGCAACUUUGCCCCCAAAUCACUCCCCAACACUGCCAUUUCUACCCAAAUUAUUAGGAGAAGGUUACCAUUUGUCAACUAUACUCCCUCAAUACAAACAUUUCUGUCUCUCUCUCUCUCUCUCUCCCCACCUUACUUCAUCUCCCUUUCUCUUCCACCCCCCCCCCCCCCCCCCCUCCCUCCCUCCUCCCCCCACCCCUCUCCCCCUCUCCAGAAUUCGACAAGUGCAUUAUCCACGGCGACCCCCACUACCGUACGUUUGAUGGGUUCACCCACCACUUCCAGGGCCCCUACACCUACAUCCUGACCGAGGGCCACAACCUCCUCAGCUCACUGGCCUCCCUCCAGGUCAGGGGGAAGAACAUCCGUCGCGGUGGCAACAAGAAGAUCUCCUACCUGGAUGAGGUGUAUGUAGAUGUCUAUGGAGUCAGCAUCCGCUUCCAGCAGAAGAAAGUUGUACUGGUGAGUUAAGUUGAAAUAACAAUGUGUUUACAACAUAAUCCAACAAUGCCAGUUGCCUUUGCGACAGUAAUCUAGCUCUAAAACCAUGAGACUCUCCUCUUUGUUACCUUCCAGGUCAACUAUGACAUCACUAUGAACAGUUAUAACCUAUUGUGUCAUCUCUAUGAACAGUUAUAACCUCUUAUGUCCUCUCACUACCUGUGUAGGUGAACGGUGAGCGUGUGGCUCCUCCUCUCAGUCCUAGAGACGGCCUGACCAUCACAAUGAACUCUAAGAACGUCCAGCUGGUCACCGACUUUGGCAUGACGGUCCGCUUCGACGGCAAGAUCCACGGAGGUAAGACACACACCGACUUCAGCAUUACGGUCCUCAUCUAAGGCAAGAACCAUAGAGAUGAGAUGAGAGAGAGAGAGAGAUAGAGAGAGAGAGAGAGAGAGAGAGAGAAUACUCUACACCAGUGACUCAUUCUGUGUUGCACUGUAGUGGCAGCUGAUGUCCAUAGGGCAGCAACAAAUAGUUAUCAGACAUCGGCUGGGCUAGGAGAAAAACAGUAUGGUCUAGAAUGUUCAUUUAAUUUACUAAAUUGUUUAUUUAUUGAAUUAAUAAAAUGAUUAAAUAUCUUAUUAAGAAGAGCACUGCUUGUACUCAUGCAAUGCUCUUUCUCCCUCGCUAACAGAGGUGAUCCUACCAAGUACAUACAGGAACAGGGUGAGAGGUCUGUGUGGGAACUACGACGGAUCCUCCAAGAACGAGUACAUGAAACCAGACGGAACCGUGACGCGGAACCUUGACGAGUUCGGAGAAAGCUGGAGAGUGACUGACAGGCAGGGGGCGGAGCUAGUGACAGCAGACCUCCCCAAGAUGGUGCACCUGCACAGGUGGGAGGGAGUCACUCGAUUAAAUGUGAACCAUAAUAUUCAUUAAUUUAUUUGUUGGUUCAUUCAUUCAUUCAUAAUCUAUUUAUAAACAUAACCAACUGAAAAAUAGGUUUGUUUAGAUGAUUGAGUGUAGACAACUAAAUAUGACUCUCCUUCUCCUUCCUUUAUUUUUUUCUCCUUCGCUCUACCUCUUCUUCACCCUCUUCUUCACCCUCUUCUCACCCUCUUCUUCUACCUCUUCUUCACCCUCUUCUCACCCUCUUCUUCAACCUCUUCUCACCCUCUUCUUCUACCUCUUCUCACCCUCUUCUUCUACCUCUUCUUCUACCUCUUCUUCUACCUCUUCUUCACCCUCUUCUUCUACCUCUUCUUCUACCUCUUCUUCACCCUCUUCUUCUACCUCUUCUUCUACCUCUUCUUCAACCUCUUCUUCUACCUCUUCUUCACCCUCUUCUUCAACCUCUUCUCACCCUCUUCCCUCUCCCUAGGCGUGAUGUGGAGACAGACCCAGAGUCUGGCUUUGAGACAGCAGGUUGUACUGACGCUCAGCUGGCUGAGUUGAAUGGUAACAAACAGUGUGGAGCCGUAUCCGACCCUACAGGACCCUUCGCUGCCUGCCACGCCCAACUACUGCCCAACAGCUUCCAGGAGUGAGUAGAGACUGUGUGUGUUUGUGUGUGUGUGUGUGUGUGUGUGUGUGUGUGUGUGUGUGUGUGUGUGUGUGUGUGUGUGUGUGUGUGGUGUGCGUGUGCGUGUGCGUGUGUGUGAGAAAGUGUUUGUGUGUUAGUGGGAGUCUACAGGUGGGUAUGUUUUGAUACUUUUUUCUCAAUCAAUCAAUCAAUCAAAUGUAUUUAUAAAGCCCUUUUUACAUCAGCAGAUGUCACAAAGUGCUAUACAGAAACCCAGCCUAAAACCCCAAACAGCAAGCAAUGCAGAUAUAUAAAUAAAACCCAUAACUUUAAUUUAUAUUCUACUUUAUAUGUUCAUACAACAGUGUUCAGAUGUGUGUCUGCACUAUGCCCUCCACUCACUGUCCAUCGUGUGUGUGUGUGUGUGUGUGUGUGUUUUAGGGACUGUGUGUUUGACCUGUGUGCGGAUCAGGAAACCGCCUCGCUGCGUUGUGACAGCUUUGAGGUGUACGCCCUGGCAUGCCAGGAGGCUGGAGUCAAACUGGGCAAAUGGAGACAACAGCUGGGCUGUGGUAAGAAACACACACAUAGAAGAAGAGUUGGGAUAUGCAAAAAACACAUGUCCAAUUCACACAUGCGUAUUAAUACACACUUGUACAAGUGUGAACUAGGACAAAUGUAAGCGCCCACCAAAGUAUUAUUAUUACACACACUACUAUAGAGAUGUCAUUACACACACACACACACACACACACACACACACACACGCACCUUGUCUCACAUAAACACAUUACUACAGAGAUGUUAUUAAACACAUACACAAAUGAACGCAUGCACACGCACACGCACACACACACACAGACACACUCUCAAACGUGUGCACACACACAAACACUCGCAGACACAGACACAAACGAGCACACACAAGCACAAAUGCACACACACGCACACACACACACACACACUACACUACAGAGAUCUUAUUGAACACACACACAAAUGCACACAUGCACCUUGUCACACACACAUAAAUGCAUGUAUGCACACGCACACUCACAGACACAUAAAUGCACACACAAACACACGCAUAUAUACACACAUGCACUAAUGCACACACACUCAGGUAUUACACACACAAAUUAUUGCACACACACGUACACACACAAAAUCUAUCCGAAAUACAACAAAAAUACAUUCACUCACUGCUGUGUUCUUAAAAAAUGACAUUAUUUUUUAUUCUUCACUAGUAAUCCCUAGCAAACUGCCAAACUGAUUCUGCCAAAUCAGUUUGGCAGUAAUACUUAUUUUCAACUGUCCUCCUCUCAACACCCCUUAUGUGUUUGUUGCUAAUCCUGUGUCCUCUCUUCCCCCCUCUCUCUCUCUCCCCCCUCUCCCUCUCUCUUCACUUCCUCCCUCCCCCUCCUCUCUCCUCCCCCUUAGUCCUGAGCUGUGUGGCCAACAGUACCUACUCUGAGUGUAUGUCCCCUUGCCCCGCCUCCUGCUCUGACCUGGCCGCGCCCUCCGAUUGUGACUUCACUGCCUGUGUUGAGGGGUGCCAGUGUGCCCCCGGUUUCACCAUGAGCACAGGCAGCUGUGUGCCUUAUAGCGAGUGUGGCUGCAACUACCUGGAUAGAUACUACCCGGUGAGUUAAUACAGUAGAAUAUAGUAAAAAUACAGUAGAAUAUAGUACAAAUACAGUAGAAUAUAGUACAAAUACAGUAAAACAUAGUACAGUAAGUGUAGCUGAUCCUACAGUACCUGGACCGGUACUACCAGGUGAGUUAAUACAGUAGAAUAUAGUAAAAAUACAGUAGAAUAUAGUAAAAAUACAGUAAAACAUAGUACAGUAAGUGUAGCUGAUCCUACAGUACCUGGACCGGUACUACCAGGUGAGUUAAUACAGUAGAAUAUAGUAAAAAUACAGUAGAAUAUAGUAAAAAUACAGUAAAACAUAGUACAGUAAGUGUAGCUGAUCCUACAGUACCUGGACCGGUACUACCAGGUGAGUUAAUACACAAUGAGAGUGUUUCUAAACUCUGAAGGUUACGUGUUCAAUGAUACCUUACUCCACACGAGGUCAAUGUAGUGCAGUCAGUCAUCGAGAUGAGACACAAAAUCUGACGACUCAACUGAUUUGAGAACAGCUGUUGCAGAACAUUGUAUGGUGUGGUGUGUAGAACUCUCUCUAACCCAUUUCGAUUUCUCUAUCUCUCUCUCUCCAUCCCUCCAUUCCCUUCCUACCCAGCUCAAGGAGAAGUUUGUGACAGAGGACUGUGCCCUGUCGUGUGAAUGUAUGGCCUCGGGUGCCGUGUGCCAACCCAAGGGCUGUGCCGACACACACAUCUGUACCAUUUUCGACUACACGCGUGACUGCUACAAAAGUGAGUGUGUGUGUGUGUUUGUGUGUGGCUAUUGAACAUGCAUUCGUGCCCUAGUAGUUGCAAUUAGAACAACUUCCGUGUGCAAAAUGGACUGCAACGUCUUUGAUAAUAAACGUACCCCUCCUUGUCCCCCCCCCCCCCCCCCCCCCCCCUCGCUCUCUCUUCUAAGUGAGUCCGUGUCUGUCUUCCCCCUGUCAAAAUGGCGGUACCUGCUCUGAGUCUAACACUACAGUUGACCCAUUCACCUGCCAGUGUAAAGAGGGCUUCGAGGGCAACCAUUGUGAGAUCGAGAAGACUGAGACCAGCGGAGGCCUGGGUACGUGAUUUACUGGAGCUGAUACUGUACUAUACUGUAUGGGACUGUAUUCUAUUGUACUAUACUGUAUUGUACUAUACUGUAUGGGACUGUAUUCUAUUGUACUAUACUGUAUUGUACUAUACUGUAUGGGACUGUACUCUAUUGUACUAUACUGUACUGUACUGUAUGGGACUGUACUGUAUGGGACUGUACUCUAUUGUACUAUACUGUACUGUACUGUAUGGGACUGUACUGUAUGGGACUGUACUCUAUUGUACUAUACUGUACUGUACUGUAUGGCACUGUACUGUAUUGUACUGUACCCGGUAAUCAUUGUUGGGACAUAGCAGUUGUUAGAUAUAGCAUACAGACGUAGCAGUGUUGUAACUGUCUCCUCCUUCAUCCCACAGAUCAGAACACGAUCAUUCUCAUCGCAGUCCUAGUGCCUCUGGGAAUCAUCAUCAUAGCACUGAUCUGUGUGUUAUGCUACAAAUGCUGUCGAAAGUAA